AUGGGUUGCUGUAUCAAUUCAAAUAAACUCAACAAGAUCCAGACCAUCAAAACCAAUAAUGGUGUGAUAAUUUUCACAUCAACCGCGGAUAUCCAUAAAAUCUAUAACUUCGGUAAAAUGAUGGGUCUGGGAGUCUUCGGAAAGGUUCUAGUUGCUAAAAUGAAGACCAAUAAUGAAAAACUCUUCGCCAUAAAAAUGAUAGAGAAAGCAAGGGUAUCCGGUAAGGAAACGUAAUUAGCGAAUGAGAUUUAUGUUCUGCAAAGAUUAGAUCAUCCAAACAUCAUUAAAUUUUACGAAGUAUACCAGAACAACUUGUAUUUCUACAUCUGUAUGGAGUAUUGUGAGGGAGGAGAACUUCUUGAGCGCAUCCCAAAGCAUUAGAGUGCCUUCACUGAGAAAUAGGCGCAACAAAUUGCAUACAAGGUUCGUUAUAACAAAUCUAUAGAAAGGUAUUGUCGGCGAUUGCUUACAUUCAUGAGCAAGGGAUAGUUCAUAGAGACAUCAAACCAGAGAACAUUUUAUUUACUAAAAAAGAUUUAAAUUCUGAACCAAAAAUAAUAGAUUUUGGAAUGGCAAUAAAAUUAGAUGAGUCCCUGCAGACGUAUUACAUUCUGAUCUAUCCUAGUAGGAAAACUUUGAAUUGUGUGGGAACUCCCCUUUAUGUUGCUCCGGAAGUGAUAGAUGGAUAUUACAGUGACAAAUGUGACAUCUGGAGUUUCGGAGUGAUGCUCUUCUAUAUCUUGUGCGGAUAUCCACCCUUUUAUGCUUCGAAUAAAAAAGAAUUAUUUCAACAUAUUCAAAAUUAGGAUGUAAUAAUUUGUAUACAAAAGUUAGUUGAUUUUCGAUAGAAGGCAUUGGAAUCAUAUGUCAAGGGAAAUCAAGACCUUCCUUAGGAAACUACUCUGCAAAAACCCCAUGAUUAGGCCAACGGCUAAAGAUUGUUUGAAGGAUCCUUGGUUUAGUCUGAACUUCGAGGAAGUCAAUAAGACAAAGGACCUUCGCAGAUCCAAAACCAAAGUGCUCACUCUAAAGUAGGUAGCUCCAACAGAUUAUUUCGAAGAUGGAAGAUCAAUUUACGAAAUGUUAAAAAAUUAUAGAACUGGGGCCAGAUUGAAAAAGGAGGUAAUGAAAAUUUUGAUAAAUCAAAUGAAUGAGAAAGAGUUGGAGCAUCUAAAACGACUCUUCUAAAAGAUAGACGAAGAUAAUUCUGGUACUAUCACCUAUCAUGAGUUGGAGAAGGCAUUAUAGAGUGAAGUACUAUACUAGUUAAUUCUAUGUAGGGUUCUUAAGUAUCCCAUGACGAAGUUAAGAAGUUGAUGAUAACUAUAGGAAUGGACAAUGAGGAUGAAACACUCGAGUGCUCUUCAGGAAAAUCAUUUAAACCCUUAGUUAUAAAAUACAGUGACUUUUUGACUGCCUGCAUAGAUGAGAGAAGAGUGCUUACAAAAGAAAAAGUACAUUUAACUUGUCAAUUUUUAGUUGCUCUCAUUAUUCAAAUAUUUUGAUCAUUAGAAUUUGAAUUAUAUCACAAAGGAAAACAUCUAGGAGGUGUUUGCUAGACAUGGUAGAUCACUCACUGAUCAGAAAUUGAAUUAAAUGAUCUAUGAAAUAGACCCAAAUCAUGAUCAAAAGAUAUCCUUUGAUGAGUUCUGUUAAAUGAUGUCAGUUGAAGGUGUUUGUUAAGUUAUUGACUUUAAAGAUAGUAAUUUAGAGCAAUAAAUUAUCUCUCCUAAAAUUGACACUAAAAUAGAACUCAUAUAAUUUGAAUGA